CGGCGGCGCCGCCUCCGCGUCUCGCUGAGGACCGGGCGGGAGCCGAGAGCUCGGCGUGCAGAGCCGGGAGAUGGAGGCGAGCGGCGGCGAGCUGGGCGCUCUGGAGACCAUGGACACCCUCACGGAGCUGGGGGACGAGCUCACCCUGGGGGACAUCGACGAGAUGCUGCAGUUUGUCAGCAGCCAAGUGGGAGAGUUCCCAGACCUCUUCUCUGAUCAGCUUUGCAGCGGCGCUUUCCCAGGAGGCAGCGGGAACAAUCCUGGCGCCGGCGCCAAUGCCAGCGCCGGCACUGGAACCAACGCUGGCACCGGGGGCACCGUGGAAAGCCCCUCCUCGCGGCCCUACAGCCAGGCGCCGGUGGUGGCGGCAACAGCAGCCGCAUCGACGGCAGGCACUGUGGCAGCGUCCUUCCCUCAGACUCCGCCUGUGCAGAUUAAAGCCUCCCCGGCCCCAGUGUCCACCCCUCCUCGGCCUGCGCCCCUACUCCAGCCCCGCCUGCAGCCCCAGCCUCAGCCCCCGCUGCAGCCACAGACCGUGAUGAUCACCCCGACCUUCAGCACGGCCCCCCAGACCAGGAUCAUCCAGCAGCCCCUCCUGUACCAGAACUCGGCCACCAGCUUCCAAGUCCUCCAGCCUCAGGUGCCGAGCCUGGUGACCUCCUCCCAGGUGCAGCCGGUCACCAUCCAGCAGCAGGUGCAGACGGUGCAGGCCCAGAGGGUGCUGACCCAGGCCGCCAAUGGCACCAUUCAGACCCUGGCGCCAGCGACCGUGCAGACGGUGGCCGCUCCUCAGGUUCAGCAGGUUCCGGUCCUGGUGCAGCCUCAGAUCAUUAAGACGGACUCGCUCGUCUUGACCACACUGAAAACGGAUGGCAGCCCGGUCAUGGCGGCGGUGCAGAACCCGGCCCUCACGGCUCUCACCACGCCUAUUCAGACCACGGCCCUCCAAGUCCCGACCCUGGUGAGUGGCGGCAGCGGGGCCAUCCUCGCCACCAUGCCCGUGAUGGUGGGGCAGGAGAAGAUGCCCAUCAAGCAGGUGCCUGGGGGUGCCAAGCAGCCGGAGCCCCCCAAGGAGGGGGAGCGAAGGACCACCCACAACAUCAUCGAGAAGCGCUAUCGGUCGUCCAUCAAUGACAAGAUCAUUGAGCUCAAGGACCUGGUCAUGGGGACGGACGCCAAGAUGCACAAGUCCGGGGUGCUGAGGAAGGCCAUCGAUUACAUUAAGUACCUGCAGCAGGCCAAUCACAAGCUGCGACAGGAGAACAUGGUGCUGAAGCUGGCCAGUCAGAAAACCAAACUUCUGAAGGGCAUCGACCUGGGCAGCCUGGUGGACACUGAUGUGGACAUGAAGAUGGAUGACUUCAACCAGAACGUUCUGUUGAUGUCCCCCCCCGCCUCUGAUUCAGGGUCCCAAGCAGGCUUCUCCCCUUACUCCAUUGAUUCAGAGCCAGGGAGUCCUUUGUUAGAUGAUGCUAAGGUCAAAGACGAGCCCGAUUCUCCUCCUGUGGCGCUGGGCAUGGUGGACCGCUCCCGGAUCCUGCUGUGUGCACUCACCUGUCUGUGUCUCUCCUUCAACCCUCUGACGUCGCUGCUGGAAUGGGGAGGGGCCCACAGCUCUGGCCAGUCGGCACCUGGGGGCUCCGGCCGAAACAUCCUUUCCUUUGAUUCAGGUGCUGGUGGCGGCUGGUUUGACUGGAUGUUCCCCACCCUCCUGCUGUGGUUCUUAAACGGCACGAUUGUCCUGAGCGUCUUCAUUAAGCUGCUGGUGCACGGGGAGCCCGUCAUCCGGAUGCACUCGCGAACCUCGGUCACCUUCUGGCGUCAUCGCAAGCAGGCUGACCUGGACCUGGCCAGGGGGGAUUUUACUGCAGCGGCCUCUAACCUGCAGACGUGCCUGUCCGUCCUGGGCCGCACGCUGCCCACCUCCCACCUGGACCUGGCCUGCAGCCUGUCCUGGAACGUGAUCCGAUAUAGCCUGCAGAAACUGAGGCUGGUGCGCUGGCUGCUGAAGAAGAUGUCGCAGCGGCGCCGCCGGGCGGCCAUGGCCGCCGGUGGCUUUGAAGACGAGGCCAAGACCAGCGCUCGGGAUGCUGCCUUGGCCUACCACAAGCUUCACCAGCUGCACAUCACAGGGAAGCUCCCUGCUGGCUCCGCCUGCUCCGAUCUGCACAUGGCCCUGUGUGCCGUGAAUCUGGCCGAAUGUGCCGAGGAGAAGAUCCCCCCGAGUACCCAGGCCGAAAUCCACCUCACGGCAGCUGUGGGGCUGAAGACCCGCUGUGGGGGCAAACUAGGCUUCUUGGCUAGCUACUUCCUGAGCCGCGCCCAGAGCUUGUGUGGCCCUGAGCGGAAUGCUGUUCCUGACUCCCUGCGCUGGCUCUGCCACCCCCUGGGCCAGAAGUUUUUUGUGGAGCGGAGCUGGUCGGUGAAGUCAGCCACCAAGGAGAGCCUGUACUGUGCCCCGCGGAACCCAGCGGACCCCAUCGCACAGGUGCACCAGGCCUUCUGCAAGCACCUGCUGGAGCGAGCCGUGGAUGCCCUGGUGAAGCCGCAGGCCGAGAAGGGGCGGGCCGAGCAGGACGAGGAGACCUGCGAGCUGUCCAGUGCCCUGGAGUACCUGAAGCUACUGAAUUCCUUUGUGGAUUCUGGGGGGGUCAUGGCCCCGCCUUUCACAAACAGCUCAGUGUUGAAGUCGGCACUUGGCCCAGACGUCAUCUGCAGGUGGUGGGCGGCCGCAGUCUGGAUGGCCGUUGGCUGGCUUCAAGGGGACGAUGCCACCGUGCGCUCACGGUUCACUGAAGUGGAGCGGAUCCCCAAACCCCUAGAAAUGGCUGAGAGCUCCCUCGUGAAGGCUGUCCUCCACGCCUGCCGGGCCAUGCACGCCUCGCUCUCGGGGAAGGCCGAGGCACAGCAGAGUUCCUUCGGACACUGCGAGAGGGCCAGCGGCCACCUCUGGGGCAGCCUCAACGUCGGCGGCACGGCCUCCGACGCAGGACUCACCCACGUGGUCCAGCUGCUGACCUGUGACCUGCUGUUGUCCCUGCGGACUGCCCUGUGGCAGAAGCAGGCGGGCUCCAGCCCCGCCCUGGGAGAGACCUGCCAUGCCUCCGCCCCCGAGCUCACAGGUUUCCAGAGGGAUCUGGGCAGCCUGCGCAGGCUGGCGCACAGCUUCCGGCCGGCCUAUCGAAAAGUGUUCCUGCAUGAGGCCACCGUGCGCCUGAUGGCCGGCGCCAGCCCCACCCGCACCCACCAGCUGUUGGAGCACAGCCUGAGGCGCCGCACGGCCCAGACCACCAAGCACGGAGAGGUGGAUGCCCUGCCUGGGCAGCGAGAACGGGCCACUGCCAUCCUGCUGGCCUGCCGGCACCUGCCCUUGUCCUUCCUGUCGUCCCCGGGACAGCGGGCGGUGCUGCUGGCAGAAGCUGCCCGGACCCUCGAGAAAGUCGGAGACAAACGUUCCUGCAGUGACUGCCAACAGAUGAUCGUCAAGCUGAGCGGGGGCACUGCCAUCGCGGCCUCCUAACCCAGCCCCUGCCUCCCCUUCCUCCUCUGCUCAGACCCUCUCCUGUCCUGUCCCAGUCUAUGCCACCUGAACCCCUUGCUUGCACCUUCUGAGCCAAGGGGCUUGGGGCUUGUGGGCUGCUGGUCGUUGCCACCUCUGCUGCCAGCUUUUGCCCAGCUAUCCCUCCCUUGGGCUCCUCUAAUCUGGGACCACCCAGGAAACUUGAAGAGAUUCAUCUUUCGUUGAGGAAGGAGAUUCUAGUGGUCUGGUGCCCGGAGUGGGGCCUGGAGGAGAGACCAGGGGGCAGUAGGCAAGCCACAGGAGAAGGGGGGUGCAGGUGCAGGGAGGGGCCCUCCCUGCAGCCCCCAGGCCCUCCAGGCAUCCCUCAGUCCAUCCGUGCCAGGCCAGGGCCGCUGCGGGUGCCUGUCAAAGUACGUGUUUUGGAAACACGACGGUUUUUACUCUGGCUUUGUGUGUUUGGUUUGCUGAGCCGUUCGGGGUGUGGUAGCCCCCUCUUUCUCUCGCUCUCUGUCUCCUCUCCUGUCUGACAUAGCUGUUAGUUGUUUUUCCUGUAUUAGAAGCGAUAGCUGUUGGGGGUGAGUGUGGUAGUGCAGAGCCCAGCUCCUGGGGAGUCGCAGAAAUGGGGGUGAGGGGCAAGGGGAGGCAGUCCUCAGGGCAAACAUGAAAUAAAAUCGUCUUUUUUUAAUUUUCUAAAAAAACAAAAUGGUAUCCUCCUUAAUCGUCUUCCUCCUUCCCUGCCUGUCUCUUUCUCCUGGGCUCUCUGUACUUGCCAGGGCCAUCAGGGUCCGAGUGGCUGCUAAGGGGGGAGGGCACCUUGGAGGGUAGUGGGAUGGCCCCAUGGCACUGUCAGUGGAACCAUCCGGAUGGUGGGCCAGGGGUCUCAUUCCCACUCCUUGGGGACCCUGGUCCUUAUUCUGAUCUUAGCCCAAAUUCUUCAGUGACUGUGACUUGUCUCUGGUGUGCCCAGCUGCUCCCCUGGGCCUGUGCCCCCACCCAGGCCUCUUGGCUCUAGAAUGGGCGGGAAGGAGGCUGGAGGAGUGUGCCCAGCAGGGCCCACCUCUUGGGACAAAGAUGCUAUUUUCUUCCCAUCUCGGUCAGGGCAGCGGCCCAGGACUAGCUUUGUCCUGGUUGGGGGAGGCCAGGGUUUGUGUGCCGUCAGAUGGAGCAUCACAGACAUGUCCAACGGGCACUAGCGCCUGGCCAUCUUCACCCACAAUCACAGGGUUACUGGAUCGCCAGGAACCCUUGGGUAGAAGGCCCUUCUGGGGUAGGUUUGUCCCUAUCAUGCUGGAAGGCCUGGCCAUCCUGCGGCUUGGGAGACCUUGUCUCCUGGUUGCUGGCAGUGACCAAAUGCCCUUGAGAACCACAAACCUGUCGCUUUGGUUUCACCGUGGACCAGACACCUUCCUUGGAGCCUUGGUCACCUGGGGGGUCAGUCGGUAGCCACUUCCUAGAGGGCAUUUGGUGUCCAGCAGCCUCAGGCUUAAGGGAGGGAAGGAGGUCUGGGAAAUAGUGCCCAACCCCACCUCCUGGGAGUGUCCAGAGGCAGGAUUGGGGCUCAGGGAAGACUGGGUUGAGCCAGCCCCUUAAGGGAAGGUGGUGGGAUCUAGCCCUUCCAGCGUGGAGGGGACAGUCCCGUGUGGGACCCUCGGCCGUCACUGCCUUCAAUACUUUGGCGGAGGGUCCAAGCAGAGCCUGCUGGCUACUCAGGAGGCAUGAUAGAGGAAAUGGAACCUUGUCCUGGCCAAGGGGCCACCCAGGCCACCUGAUGUCCUUGCUGAUUUCUCUUUCUCCCAUGUCAGGCGUCUCCCCAGCCCGCUGACCACGUGGAGGGGCUGUGGACCUGUUUUGUAUUUUGUGUUAUUUAUGGGUUCAGCGCCAGUCCCGUUUGUUUUAUUGUGUGUACAUAUGUGCCUUGUUUGGGGUGAGGGGUGGGGGCAGGCUUGUGUGUUGGAACUGGGGGGCUGUUUAGCCCCCCCAAGGAAGGCUGGGGGCUCAGCUCCCUGGAGAGACCUUUUUUAUGUUUAAUCAUGCACCUUGUCUGGGAUGGUCAAUAAACACAGCUUGGUCUCAC